UGUUAGACUGCCCGGCGCUGCCUGGCGCUGCGCGUCUUGGUGCUAACCUUCACAUCCCUCGACGAAGCUGGCACCGUGUACUUCCUCUCGCUAGACUUCUCGUUUCCGUUUAUGACAGGACCGCGAUGAGCUCACGACAGCAAUCAGCCGGAUAUACAGACAUUGAGAAGAUGUCGGACGAGUCUGAACAUGAGGAGGAGGAGACUCCUGAACGGCCUUUCGAAGAACCAAAGGUCAACGCCGCGGAUCCGCCCAUUCCUCGUAAGGCGCGCGCACAGGCGAACAUUGGAACCGGCGGCCGAGAGGAGACCUCUCGAUUAUUUGGCAUACCAAAGUAUUCAUCAGGUGGCAAGGGAGGGCUCGGCGACUACAGUGAAAUCUACCCGGAGGAUCCAUACGGGGCUGAAGUAGGAGAGAAUGCGCGCGUGUGGCGCGUCUACCUCGACGAGAGCGGGCAGUUUGACGAUGACAUGCUCCAGGGCUUUCGGGACACCUUGGACGUACAUCUUGUAUUCGCUGCCCUUUUUUCUGCCGUCGUCACGACCUUCGUCGCCCAGACCUCGCAGGCGCUGCAACCCGAUUACGGGCGUAUUUCAGCUGCCGUUUUGCUGGAGCUGGUGGCGCUGCAGCGUGCGCGCUCUCCUGACGAUGUACCGUCAGCAGGCGUAGACCUGGACUCGCUGUCCGCUACGACGGGAGACGUGUGGGUGAAUGCGCUCUGGUUCACCACCCUCGGGCUUUCUUUGGCGACGGUGCUCAUCGCAGUCCUGGUCAAGCAGUGGCUUCAGGAAUAUGUGAAAACACCAUCUGGGCCUCCACGCGAUCGCGCUCUGAUACGGCACAUGCGAUAUAAGGAACUGGUCCGCUGGAAGGUUCCCUUCAUCAUCAGUCUCAUCCCCGUGCUACUGCAUAUCUCCCUCGCCCUCUUCCUCGCCGGUCUGAUCGUCUUUCUAUACGCCCUAUCCUUGCCUAUCACGUGGACGGUCGCCGCACUGACAGGUAUGACUUACCUUUUCUACCUUUGGACGCACGCUCUGGCGGUGGUUCACUGGCAGUGUUCGUAUCGGACACCCGUCACUCACGCUGUCCGUGAUCUGCUGCGGCGCCUUAUCACGGCGUACUACGGUCUCAAGCCUGCGCGUCUCGUAUCCAGGCUUCAGCGUUGGCCAGCGACUAUUGCUCCUCUAGCUCAGUCUGUUGCACGGUGGUUCGUACGCAAGCGCGUCAUCCUGUCCACGCUAUGGGCCCACCCUUGGAGCAUUAUCUCCCUCAUGUGGUUGAGAACAAAGAACGUGUUCACCUCUGACUCAGCGCUCCUACGACCGCCCAAGUUUGCCGGCCAGGAAGAAGUUGCAGCGAUCCGGAUGCAGGGCGACCGACUCGAUCAGUCGAUCCUCGACAUGAUGUUUGACAGCCUUACUUGGCUUUACACCAACUCAACAAAUCUGUCAGCGCGCAACAUCAUCUCAGAGGCUUGCGCCGGAUGGCCGUCCCCGCUUGCGCUCGACCCCAAGACGGAGGCCUGGAGGAUGGGUCUGGGCGCGGUCCUUCCCAGCACCCUCCACGAAGUCACCGCACCCGGCAAGCUCGACGAUGAGCGCGGCUGCCUUGGCUUCGAGCGCUGGGCGCGCAGCCUAUGCUGCAUUGCCUGGGAGCCAUUCGGCCUCGUCACCGAACGCCACGGCGGAUUCAUGCCCCUCUUCGGGCGAAACCUCGUGACGCACGAAGAUUGGAAUGUCGUCGCGGAGAGGAUGCGCGAGGCGUCCGAUACGCAGUCGACGAACCAGCAACUGCUCAUCCGCCUCCUUUGCCUGCGUCUGUUCUACCCUGCGCAAGCGAGUCGGCGGUACAACCGCCAUAUUCCAGCGCCGGACGAUCUUCUGCGGGAGGUCAGGCGGAUUGUGCUGAACCGGGAUACGCGGCUGGCGCCGGCGGUGUGGCACUUAUUGCUGGACUAUGCAUGCCGGAGGAUGCCUAAUGAGCCUACCAUAUUACUUCAGAAGCCGACCGCUCUACAGCAGAUGGGCGUCGGCGGGUACCCGAGUCGACGCCUUCUGACGGAUGAGGAUAUGGUCACGAUCCAGCCCUGGCUCGAAGACGUGUUGCUGCUUGCGCAGGCUCACAGCGUCGCGACAACAACGAGGGACGGCAAGUCGCGGACAUCCCUUUAUCGAGCGUGCGAAGGACCGGCGACCCUCCAAGAGGCUUGCGAUUACCACAGUCACGUCAAGCAGCGGCUCACCGACUAUUUGUGCCUCGUACUUGGCAACGAUUCCACUCGCGCGCGCAUUGGGCAAUGGCCGCAAGCCCUAGCACAACUAGCAGAAUACCUUCGGUACGCCAACCAGCCGGUUCCUAAAUGGCUUGCAGAUGCUUGUUGGACCGAACUGCAGUCUCUGGCACCCCAAUACCAUCGCCGGGUUUGCCGAGUAUUCCACGAUAGCGCUGGCAGCGUGCAAAACUUUCAGAGCCGCGAGGCUGUCUAUUCUUUCCUCCACGAUGCUCAGCAGAACUUCGAGACGAUAUUCGUCCUUUACAAGGCGGCGCGAUCUGAUGCGGUCGGCGAUCCUGAAACUGUCCAUACUGAGGCGACCAUACCACAUCGUACGCGCCUGUCUACGAGGAGCGUAUUCACAGCAAGAGAGGACGAAGGGCUGAAUACCGUGGAGCUGCCAAUCCGCUGUGCCUCCCUCAUUCUCGAACUCUCCACACCUCGUACGCCCGACGUCGAGAAGGGCCUUUUACUCGAGCAAGCGAUGCUGGUCAUCCUCAAGAACCGCCUUCUGGAGUACAUCCAACAUGCCCGGCAUGCGAUUCAUCGCCAUCUUGUGCAGGAUCUCGUCACUCGUUACAUCGGCGCAUUGCUUGGAGAGCGGAACGCAAUGUUCAGGAGCAUCAGGCCUCCGCUCUCGGAGGAAACUAUCCGAUGGAUGGCGAGCAUGUGCGAACCAGCGCAUCCAAGUCACGUCCCCCAGUUGUUGAGAUACGAGGAGGCCCUGCGACGGCUAUACAAGGACACCGAAGCGGAGGACUCAGAGGUGUGGCAUCGAACGCUCAUCUCCUCAAUCGCCGAAGUACACCUCGCCAACGCGACCCGAGGGCGUCCCUGGGUGGUACUAAACCGCUACCGUAGCUUGUAUCGCUUCGCCCAACUCUUUGGCGGCGAGCCAUGCGAUCGCCUCGAGUGUCAGGGACAUUCCCUCUUCGUCUGUGUCAACGUCGGAUGGCUACUCGAGCAAGGCGUACGCCCUGCCGGAUACCCGGAUAAUUUGGACUACGGCCCGUACGCUAUCGAGUUCUCUAAGCUUGACAAGAUGCUAGAGGAAGCGGAUGCCGAGUCCGGGGAGGGUUUCGUGAAGCACAUAUGGGAGGCUGCGAGUGUAUGGGCAAAUUUGUGGCGGCCAAGUCGACAACAGGAAGGAGACUUACAUCAACAAGUCUGAAGAAUGUAGCUGUAUUAUAUCUCUGUCGUGGACUACUUGUACAAUGUACAUGAGGGUGUCUAGUGCCAUAUGAUGCAUGUCGGCGAGUUUCACUGCGAGGAUACGG